UGUAAUGUUGCCAUUCAUGAAUUCGCAAGCGACACCUAGUAGUAUUAAAUAUAAGUUAGAGGUGUAUCAUAGAAAAUGUCAUGUUAUUUUCUUAAUAGGUGAUCAAAUCUCGAUCACACGUUACAUUUUAAUUCUUGUAACCGGAGUUGGUCAAUAUGCCCAAAAAAUUUGUUGGUGAAAAUAGUAAGGCUGUCGCUGCCCGAGCCAGAAAGGCAGCAGCAAAAGAGGCUGAAAAUACAAAGAAAGCUCUUGAAGCAGAAGAAAAAGCUUGGCAAGAUGAUGAUAAACAGUUAUUGAAAAAGAAACAAAAACAGGAAGAAUCUGAAAGGAAACGUCAACAGCAAUUAGAAAAGAAAGCAGAAGUGAAAGCUCUACUAGAAAAGGAAAUGGCAAAUAUAAAAGUAGGUGGCAAACAGCCUGCAUCUAAAAUAACUAGAGCAGAAAUAGUAGCUGUAACGGAAAAGCGAAAUCAAGCAGCAACUAAAAAAAGGGAAGAAGAAAAGCCAAUCGAAGAAAAUUUGAAUAGGUUGACGAUAGAAGGUGAAACUGCUCAUAGUAUAGAUGAGGCGUUAUCUGUUUUAAGUACAAAAGAAGCCGAGGUUGAUCGUCAUCCAGAAAAACGCGUAAAAGCCGCGUAUGCUAGUUUCGAAGAAAGAAUGAUGCCUAUUGUUAAAGAGCAAAACCCUACUCUGAGGUUAAGUCAAUUAAAACAAAUAUUAAAAAAGGAAUGGAUGAAAUCUCCAGAAAACCCACUCAAUCAAAAAUUACUCUUAAACCGUUGAUACUAAACCGCAAUCAAACGGAAUGUAAACACGCAUAUGACUGAUUAGAUGAUUCAGAGGAACACGUGAAAUAAGACUCAUAAAUGUAAUCAUGAACGGAAUCAAAUAUCUGUACACAAUUUUAUUGUAAACGAAUAAGUUAUACUCCGGUAGAAUACAUACUAACUAACGCUGUAUAAAUCAUCUUUGGUAUAACUUAUACGCUAUUAUAUAGCCUCCACAUUGCAUUUUAUAAUUUCAUUUACAAAUACACCGUUAAAUUGAUAAAUUCAAAGAGAACAACUUAAUAAUCGUGUACAUGUUUUGGCACAGUUACUCUGUAGACUUAUACAACUUUACAAACAUGCGUAUUCGGCUAUACGGCACUAGACAAAAGUUUAUAAAAAAAUAAUUAUACAGAAAAUUGGUUACUUCAUUUCAAUCUUAUAAAAUAGCAUUCUAUACAAACGAAUUUUUACCAGCGUAAAAUUUAAAAUAUGUACAAUGGAUCUUAAUCUUUGUUUCGGUGUCUUUGCCGCAGCAAAUUAAGCAUAAGGCACUACAAUUUCUUGUUGUUCUCUCUGUUUCAUGUACAAUGAGUGAAAUACCCGUACAAAGAACUUGAUAUUUAAAUAUAAUAUUAUUAUAUAAUUACUCGA